AUGGAAUGGCUCAGAAAGUACCCCCGAACAGUGGACGUUGAGACUGCGGAUGGUGUAGUGCGAGGCUCCCUCCUGCGGGAUCGCGAGUUCCAGAAGGUCAUUGCGGUUUUCAAUGGCAUCCCUUACGCUAGGCCCCCGGUUGGAGAGCUCCGAUGGCAACCACCACAGCCCGUGGAGCCUUGGGAGGGGGUUAAGGUCACUCGUCGAUACGGCCCAGAGGCCCCCCAGCUGGGCAUGGAGUUCAUGGGCUUCCUCCGCGCCGCCGUACAAAAGCACGCCUUCGGCACCGUGCAAACCAAGGCCUACAUCCACGGCGCGCGGUUGCUAAGAACAAGGCUCGCCGCGAAGCAAAGCGAGGACUGUCUGUACCUCAACGUGCGCACGGUAAGCCCGUCGGUGGUCGGGGACCUCGGUGCGCCGCCGGCCCCCCGCCGAGGCGAUAGAGACGCUGGCGAUUCCUGUCCUCCGAGCAGCGGGCCUGAGGAAACGCCGCCCACCCCUACUACCCAAGGCACCGGCGUGGGGGCGCAAAGCACGGCUGCGGAUGGUGGCGGUGGUGCUGCUGCGGGUGCUGCGGCGAGACUACCGGUGCUUGUGUACAUUCACGGCGGCGACUACCACGACGGCGCGGGCGCGAGCAGACCCUUUUACUUGUCCAACGCGCUGCCCAUCAAGGGCGACGUGGUGCUGGUGACGUUCAACUACCGGCUCGGUUUGCUGGGGCACUUCUGCCACCCGGACCUGUCGAAGGAGGCGGAGGCGGCGGGACGGCCGGCCGUGUCCGGCAACUACAGCAUCCUUGACCAGAUUGCCGUGUUGCGGUGGGUGCAGCGGAACAUCGCCUCCUUCGGCGGCGACCCGGAGAACGUGACGAUAAUGGGCUCCAGCGCCGGCGGGGAGAGCGUGCUGUACAUGAUGACGUCAUCGCUGGCCCGGGGGCUGUUCCACAAGGCGAUCUGCCAGUCGCCGGCCUGCACGCCGAACUCGCUGAUGCACCUCCGGGAGCCGUUCGCGUGCUUCCGCCCUUCCGAGGACAACGGCGUGGACUUCGCGUUCAGGCUGGUGGGCGCGGACCGGGGCCAGGUGUCCCGCCUGCGGAACGCCCCGCUGCGUCAGAUCAUGAACGCCUACUACCAGGACGGCACCAAGCGGCCCGAGCCGAGGCAGCUCUUCUACCCCGUGGUCGACGGCCACGUGAUCCCCAAGCCGCCGGUCGAAUCGUUCCUGCUCGGGGAGCAGGCGCCCGUGCCGCUGCUCAUCGGCAACAACGCGGACGAGGGGAGCCUCUGCUACCCGGUCACGUACUCGCGGACGCGCGUCCGGGACGCGCUGUACCCGAGCCCGGUGCGGGAGGCCGGCAGGGAGGCGUACGGGGACGAGGGCGCGGCGGCGCUCGCGGACCUGUACGACCCCGCGUGGCGGGAGACCGGGGAGGGGGCGGAGGACGGGUCGCCGUCCGACUGCGACUUCUUCACCGACCGGGUGUUCGGGCAGAAGGUGCACUGGCUCGCGUCCCACCACCACCGGCUCCUGCGGCGGCCGACCUUCGUCUACGUGUUCGCGGCGGCCCCGCCGCGGGAGGGGCAGACCGUGGGCGCGUUCCACGGCGCGGAGGUUCCCUACGCGUUCGGGUCGCGGCCGUGGUUCAUCGGGGGUCCCGAGGACAAGCGGCUCGCGUCGGCCAUGCCCGACUACUGGACGGCGUUCGCCCGGGGGGGCGACCCGAACGGCACCCUCCGCCCGCGGGUGUUCUGGCCGUCGUUCGACUCGGAGCCCGGGAAGGGGCGGCUGAUCGUGCUCGGCCACGCGAUCGAGGCGAAGAAGAUGGACCGCCUGGAGCGGUACGCCAUCCUGCACACGCACGUGCGGCGGGUCCUCGCCGACCUCGAGAGCCUGCGGAAGUGGCAGGCGAAGCGCGAGCAGCACGAGAGGCGGGCGACCGAGCUGCGGGCGGCCGCCAGGGCGAGAGCGAUCAAGAACGACCAACAGCAGGAGGAGGAGCGGGAGGAGGACGGCAGCGCCGAACGCGGGGAGGGGUUAGCGGCAGAGGCGCGGGUGCCGUUCCGUCAACUGCAGAAGCAGCGAUCAAGCAGCUGACUUGUGUUCGGUGGAAAAUUAUAGCAAGCGUGCCGUUGGAACCUGUUUGCUUCGCUGGCAGAGUGGGUGGUGCUUCAAGAAGAGCAACAUGUAUUGUAAUUAAGUUUGAGCCCACCUUUCGUUUCCCGCUGAACGUGGUUUAGCGGCCGCAGUUCGAGACAUAGACCUGCGUCCGAGAUAGAGAGCUGGUCGGCUCCUUGUAGCAGCUGGACCGGGAAAUAUCACAGCCCCAUAAUGGCGUGCUAAACUGAGAAGAUGAGUAAAAGAAGAUAAGAGUACUCCACAGAGCCACUGGAAGCGUAUUGUCAAGAGGUGGCGGUGCGUGUUGAUGGCGGCCAACGCUUCAUGGCGCGCGUUCAGCGGUAGAGCGGCCGGUUGCGGGGGGCAGGUGUAGAUUUUGUUGAUUGGGUCCUAAAUGAUACCGGGAAAUCGUGAGUGUUGUGAAAGACGCGUUCGUCGCGAAGGAGAACCGAGUUGGGAGAGAUUUAUAUUUCAUUUUUUGUUGUUACGUCCCGUAAAUCCAUUUGGUGUUUGUCACAUCCCCGAAAACUAUUUUGCGUUGGGGGAGUCGGUGUGGUAUAUGGAGACUUGUUGAUCCGUACGUGUUGUUCGAUGAGACGAAAUACCGGAAAGCCCCUAGUUAGGUGUGCUGCGUCGCAUAUGUAGCAGGGGAUGGACGGCGAAAGAAGAAACGCUUGGCUGCUGUAGGCCACGUUAACGUUAGCAGUGGCACCGGCGUGGGUGUCCUUGCUGUAUCGUUCGAACGCCAAGUCGCGGCGUACACGUCCUUUGAUGCGCUGCAAAAGAGGUCGUGGAUGCGCGACCCAGGCUUGAGGAUCCGAUUUGUAAUCCACUGGAGAGCGGUUGGGAGAGAUACAACGUGGUGCUACAGUACAUCGUAUAUAAUUGCGUGCGUGUCGAUUUGUACAGUAUAUGGGAAAAUCCGUCCGCGUUUCAAGGCACAGGGGAGGUCUUGGUUGUCGACCUCUCCAAAUUCAGGGGUAGAAAUUUGAUGCUUUCAUUUUUCAGUGGGGUGGGGAACCGGGGCAAAGCAAUCAUGGGAGGUUUGCCAGGGAAGGCGGCGGUGAUUUGUUGUGCUUGUGUGGCGAUUGUCGUAGACUGCGUCUUAUGAGGGAUGGAGGUUGCAGAGCGUCCGUAGCGACAGGGCAUUUUCACGGUGUGCGGUUAGUUGGGCAGAAGCAGUGCAUAUGUAUCAUGCCACAAUGUUAAAUGUUGAUCGAUAUUUUCAUCUCGAAAUGGCAGUCGAGAACGGUUGUUGGCGGGUGGGUAGAGCGCGAGCCAGAUGCAGAUGCGGACACCACAGACUGAGCUAGGCGUUGUAAGACAGUUCGUAGUUAUUUGCUUUGGAAUUAGAAGUAGAAUCCACAGCCGUCCUCGUCAGUUGGAGCAGUACCAGAGUGCGGACAUUAGAAGAUACUGAGCGAGGACUGGAACGGUUUUUAUUGUGAAGACAACAACCAAAGGUCCAUUUCCCCGGCGUUGCUGCCUGGAAUCUUUCUCCGUUGUGCCAAAGCUACUCCUGUGCUUGGAACACAUUAUGCAUUAAGAGUCAAGAGUGAGAGUG